GGAUUACAGGUGUGAGCCACCGCACCCAGCCAUCUCUGGGUCUUUUUGAAAGCAAGAUGUGAAGCGAUUUUUGUCUUAAAACAGUCGGGAAGUGAGGGUAGCUGGUCAUGGGUAACUCCUAGGCAGUGAUGAGGUAAGCUGUGAAAACCCACAGCCCAGUGACAGGGACGUCUGGGGGGGAGAAAGCAUUUUGCCCACAUGAACACAUGGACUCAACAUUUGUGUAUAUGCUUUGCUUAUUCUGAGUUGAGAAAUCUAGAUGAUCUGAAGAAAGAGUUUCUUGCAAAACAAAAUCCCAAUUGCAUGCUGGCCUUUGUGUUUCACUGUUUUGAGAAAGGGUCUUUUUGCUGAGUGGCUGGACAUUCUCAGAACAAACAAGCUCAGCCCUCGCAGGUACAGCCCGUUGUGCUCUCUGCUCUGCAGCUCCCUCCGGUGACUCAAAAGAGGAGAUUUGAUAGCCCAGGGCGAAGUGUCUGCCUCCCCGUGCUCAUGCCAGGGGUUGAAAAAGGAGCGGGAAAGGGCAGGCAGGCCUCGGUGAAGUCAUCCAAUAAAGGUUACCAGCUGGGCAGGGCACCUUCUCACACGACUGCAGAGAGAAUGCUGGAAGCUGGGCAGCGCUUGCUCCCAGCUGCCUGUCACGGUACUGGGAGUAAGAGGUGACCUAUUUAUUUUUAGAAGGGGGCAGUCAUAAUAACCCCGCUCCUAGCUUCAUUCAAGGCAGGCAGACGCCUUGGAAGUUUGUAAACACCAAUUUUCUGAGUAAGGGAGGAGCGCUUUUUUUCCCAAAAAGGAAAGAACUUCACUACUGCGUUUUUUCCUCUCCUGAUAUUCAACUUUAGAGUGGAAAAGAAACUAUUGUUUGGCCUCAUUAGCCGUGGGGAGCAGGUGCCACAGCCUUCUCCACUGGUAUUAUUUUUAAAGGGCAGAAAUGCCUGAAGGUGAGGACUUCGGACCAGGCAAAAGCUGGGAAGUUAUCAAUUCCAAACCAGAUGAAAGACCCAGACUCAGCCACUGUAUUGCAGAAUCAUGGAUGAAUUUCAGCAUAUUUCUUCAAGAAAUGUCUCUUUUUAAACAGCAGAGCCCUGGCAAGUUUUGUCUCCUGGUCUGCAGUGUGUGCACAUUUUUUACGAUCUUGGGAAGUUACAUUCCUGGGGUUAUACUCAGUUAUCUGCUAUUACUGUGUGCAUUUUUGUGUCCACUGUUUAAGUGUAAUGAUAUUGGACAAAAAAUAUACAGCAAAAUCAAGUCAGUUCUGCUGAAACUAGAUUUUGGAAUUGGAGAAUAUAUUAAUCAGAAGAAACGUGAGAGAUCAGAAGCAGAUAAAGAAAAAAGUCACAAAGAUGACAGUGAAUUAGAGUUUUCAGCUCUUUGUCCUAAGAUUAGCCUCACUGUCGCUGCCAAAGAGUUAUCUGUGUCUGACACAGAUGUCUCAGAGGUGUCCUGGACCGAUAAUGGGACCUUCAACCUUUCAGAAGGAUACACUCCACAGACAGACACUUCCGACGAUCUUGACCGACCUAGCGAGGAAGUUUUCUCUCGAGAUCUUUCAGAUUUUCCAUCUCUAGAAAAUGGCAUGGGAACAAAUGAUGAAGACGAAUUAAGCCUUGGCUUGCCCACUGAGCUCAAGAGAAAAAAGGAACAGCUGGACAGUGGUCACAGGCCAAGCAAAGAGAGGCAAUCAGCAGCUGGUCUCAUUCUUCCUCUGAACAGUGACCAAACCUUUAACUUGAUGAGCAACCUGGCUGGGAACGUCAUCACAGCUGCAGUGACUGCUGCUAUCAAAGACCAGUUAGGGGGUGUGCAGCAAGCAAUUUCUGAGGCUGCACCCAGCCCAGGAGAAGACACAGACACUGAAGAAGGUGAUGACUUUGAACUACUUGACCAGUCAGAGCUGGAUCAAAUUGAGAGUGAAUUGGGACUUACACAAGACCAGGAAGCAGAAACACAGCAAAAUAAGAAGUCUUCAGGCUUCCUUUCAAAUCUACUUGGAGGCCAUUAAUCUAGGAAUCAGCAGCUUGCAACAGAACACCAAAAAAAAACAAAACAAAAAACCCCACCAAAAAAAAUUUCAAACAAG